GGGAGAGCAGCAGGAGAAUAUAUAUCUCCCCAUUUGCUCUUUCGAACAAAAACAAAAAUUCCAGAAUAUCAAAGACACAAAAAUUGUACUUCCUCAAAUAUCAUCCGCAACAUGCAGAACACAUUCGAACAUCAUAAAACCGAAAUCAAGCAUCUGUUCUUCUCGGAACAUUUGACUAUGUCUGCAAUUCAAGAAAUCAUGAGGAAGAAAUACGACUUCAAUGCAUCGUUAUCGGCAUACAAAACCAAGCUUGCUGAGUGGAAUAUGUUUAUCCCACUCUCAAACAGUACCAAAGUUAUGAAGAAUCGACUUCUUCUGGGUAACAGAAAACGACCCGAGCGCCUAUAUGACCUCUCGAGGUCUACUCCACGCUCUGUUCCAUUGACACCUCCGUUGAGCCCUCCGGCCUUGAAAUAUCAAAAUGGGAAUACUCGCAUCAAGCAAGAACGGGUCGCCCCUUGUUCCAUAUCUUUAGUCGUCCACUCGGGCGAGAAGAAUUCCAGGGAGUCAUUUUAUCAAGACGAAUAUAUCGUCAUCCUUGCAGAGCUCCGCGGAAGACUUGGAGCUGCACUUGGCCGGGAAUCAGGCUGAAGAAGUUUAAGCACGCAAAGAAUCACCAAGAGAAACCAUGAGUUUGUAGCAACGCAAGCCAAGCAUAGAUGUAGGAGGAGAGCAGGGGGAAACUAUUGCAAUUGGGCAAAGGCA